AUGGCACUACUAGGACGACCUUUACAUGUGCCACGGUCGUUUGCUGUCCUCUUCUCGGUGUUGAUGAUUAUCACCACGUUGAUCUUUCUUUUAAAAACAAAGCAUUACUAUGGCAUCGUCUCAUCUCCAGAGUUUGAGGAGGGUAAAGUAACCGUCCCCAAUUUCCAUAGCAUGGUCGAACCUUCUUUACAAUUGAUUCCUAGGUAUACAAUUCUUUGUCCCUGGACGGUUUUGACGCUGAUAUUUGCCGAAAUCUCCAUUUUGGGGUUCAUAAGAUCAUCUGUCAUCUUGUAUGUUGCUACCACGUAUGUGGAACGAUUCUGGGGGUCUCAUGAAGUCAUAAAGUUCGUGGUGGUAGUAGGUACCAUCACCAAUACCAUUAGUGUGGUAUUCACUAUUAUAGUGAGCAUAUUCCGAAGAGAUUCCGAACAAAUGGAUAAACCACUUGGUGGAGGAAUUACUUAUGUGUUUGGGUUUUUGGUGGUGUUGAAACAACUUAUUCCGGAACAUAACAUCUUGCUAUUCCAAGGGUUAAUCAACUUCCGCAUUAAACAUUUACCCUUUGUGAUGUUGGUGGCCGUUACAUUAUGGUCAGCACUUAUUGGUAGACUGUUUUAUCCUGCGUUACCCAGCUGGGAGAGUUUCUUUGUUUCGUAUAUAUAUUUAAGAUUCUUUCAAGCAAUCUACACGGAUCCAUUCCUUCCGGUGACAACCACUACUGGUGAAGAUCAGACUUCUUCUGGAGGAGGAGCCACCAUAAUGAAAGGUGAUGCCAGUGAUACGUUUGUUUUGGUUGAUUUCUUCCCCGUGAUCUUACGUCGUUAUUUGGCCGUUAUAUUUGACCUGGUUUAUGGAUUAGGAGUUAAGAUUCGUAUGAUCAAUGCGUUCGAUCAAGACUCGGUCGAGCAAAGUAAUCUUCGCACGCAAAAGAGACAAGAACAGGCCAACAAUCCGCCUAAAACUAUGGCUAACUCAGUGGCUGAACGUAGAAGACAAAUGGCAUUACAAGUGAUUGAAGACAGAAUUAAUAAGGACACUAGAAGAUAG